CGCUGCCGGCGCGCGCGCCCCGCCCCACGUGGCUCCCACGUGGUGCCGCAGGAGCCGGGAGAGCCGGGAACGGGGAGAGAACCGGGAGAAAGCACCCGGAAAAAGCUUCUGGGGAGAGCUCCGGGCAGCCGCGGCCAUGCAGCGCCGCAAGGUGGAUAACCGCAUCCGCGUCCUUAUCGAGAACGGCGUGGCGGAGCGGCAGCGGAGCCUGUUCGUGGUGGUGGGCGACCGCGGCAAGGACCAGGUUGUUAUCCUGCAUCACAUGCUGUCCAAAGCCACGGUGAAGGCCCGGCCCUCUGUGCUGUGGUGCUACAAGAAGGAGCUGGGCUUCAGCAGCCACCGGAAGAAGAGGAUGAGGCAGCUCCAGAAGAAGAUUAAGAGUGGAACUUUGAACAUAAAGGACGAUGAUCCCUUUGAGUUGUUCAUAGCAGCCACAAACAUCCGCUACUGCUACUACAAUGAAACCCAUAAGAUCCUCGGGAACACCUUUGGAAUGUGUGUCCUUCAGGAUUUUGAAGCCUUGACCCCAAACCUGUUGGCCAGAACAGUUGAGACAGUGGAAGGGGGUGGAAUUGUGGUGAUUCUCCUGAGAACUAUGAACUCCCUGAAGCAGCUCUACACGAUGACCAUGGAUGUUCACUCUCGCUACAGGACCGAGGCUCACCAGGACGUGGUGGGGAGAUUYAAUGAGAGGUUCAUUCUGUCGCUGGCCUCGUGCAAGAACUGCCUGGUGAUUGAUGACCAGCUGAAUAUCCUGCCCAUCUCCAGCCACGCUGCCAACAUCGCUCCUGUCCCCCCUCAGUCCCAGGAGGAGAGCCUGCGGCCCCAGGACCUGGAGCUGAAGGAGCUGAAGGAGAGCCUGCAGGACACACAGCCCGUGGGGGUUCUGGUGGAUAACUGCAGAACYCUGGAUCAGGCAAAAGCGGUUCUUAAGUUUAUCGAAGCCAUUUCUGAGAAGACCCUGCGGAGCACGGUGGCGUUAACAGCAGCCAGGGGACGAGGGAAAUCUGCUGCUUUGGGGCUGGCCAUUGCUGGAGCAGUAGCUUUUGGUUACUCCAAUAUUUUUGUCACAUCUCCAAGCCCUGACAACCUUCAUACUCUSUUUGAGUUCAUAUUUAAAGGCUUUGAUGCACUGCAGUAUCAGGAGCACCUGGACUAUGAGAUUGUUCAGUCCUUAAAUCCCGAGUUCAACAAGGCAGUGGUCAGAGUGAAUGUGUUCAAGGAGCACAGGCAGACCAUCCAGUACAUCCACCCUGCAGACUCGGUGAAGCUGGGCCAGGCUGAGCUCGUGGUGAUCGAUGAGGCCGCUGCCAUUCCUCUGCCCCUGGUGAAGAACCUUCUGGGCCCUUACCUGGUGUUCAUGGCUUCCACCAUCAACGGCUAUGAGGGCACGGGGCGCUCGCUGUCCCUGAAGCUCAUCCAGCAGCUCCGCCAGCAGAGCGCCCAGAGCCAGGUGACCCUGACAGCAGAGAACAAAUCCACAGCCACUGCCAAGCUCACCUCAGCUCGCACGUUGCACGAGGUGUCCCUGCACGAGUCCAUCAGGUACGCUCCUGGGGACGCCGUGGAGAAGUGGCUGAAUGACCUCCUGUGCUUGGACUGCCUCAACAUCACCAGGAUCAUCUCUGGCUGCCCUCUGCCAGACACCUGUGACCUGUACUAUGUAAAUAGAGACACACUCUUCUGUUACCACAGAGCAUCCGAAGUGUUCCUGCAGAGGCUGAUGGCCCUCUAUGUGGCUUCACACUACAAGAACUCCCCCAAUGACCUCCAGAUGCUCUCUGAUGCCCCUGCCCAUCAUCUCUUUUGCCUUUUGCCACCUGUUCCACCCACCCAGAAUUCACUACCYGAAGUCCUGGCUGUUGUUCAGGUGUGCUUGGAGGGAGAGAUCUCCCGCCAGUCCAYCAUGAACAGCCUCUCCAGGGGAAAGAAAGCCUCUGGGGAUCUCAUUCCCUGGACCAUUUCAGAGCAGUUCCAGGAUCCAGACUUCGGGGGCCUCUCCGGCGGGCGCGUCGUUCGCAUCGCGGUUCACCCGGAUUAUCAGGGGAUGGGCUACGGCAGCAGAGCUCUGACUUUGCURCAGAUGUACUACGAAGGCAAAUUCCCAUGUUUGGAAGAAAGAACAGUUCAAAAGCCAAAAGAAAUUGCAACUGUGAGCAGUGAGACUGUGGGCUUGUUAGAAGAGGUUGUGACACCUCGGAAAGAUUUGCCUCCUUUGCUCCUCAAACUGAGUGAGAGACAAGCUGAGAACCUGGACUAUCUCGGGGUGUCUUAUGGCCUGACCCCAAGAUUGCUCAAGUUUUGGAAGCGUGCUGGAUUUGUGCCAGUUUAUCUGAGGCAGACCCCAAACGACCUGACUGGAGAGCACUCCUGCAUCAUGCUGAAGAUGCUGAAUGAAGAGGACUCRGAGCAGGAACCUUGGCUCACUGCCUUCUGGAAAGAUUUUAGGAGGCGGUUCCUUUCCCUGCUUUCCUACCAGUUCAGYACCUUCUCUCCCUCCUUGGCCCUGAACAUUAUACAGAACAAAAACAUCAAACAGCAGCCCCAAGCACCCAUCAGCCGUGCAGAGCUGGAGUCAGUUUUCAUCCCAUACGACCUGAAAAGGCUGGAGAUGUAUUCCCGUAACAUGGUGGACUAUCACCUCAUCAUGGACAUGGUUCCCACCAUUGCCAGGAUGUUCUUCCUCAACCAGAUGGGAGAUAUCUCCCUCUCUGCUGCCCAGUCGGCCCUUUUUCUAGGGAUUGGCUUACAGCACAAAUCUCUGGACCAGCUGGAAAAGGAGAUGGAACUACCCAGCAGUCAAUUGAUGGGACUYUUCAACAGGAUCAUCCGCAAAGUAGUGCAGCUGUUCAACACAGUCCAGGAAAAAGCUGUGGAGGAGCAGAUGGCAGCAACAAAGGAUGUUGUGAUGGAGCCAACACUGAAAUCUUUAAAUGACGAUUUGGAGGAGGCUGCAAAGGAAUUCCAAGAAAAGCACAAGCAAGAAGUGAUGAAGCUGAAGGAAAUGGACCUUACACAGUACAUUAUCCGAGGCGAUGACGAGGAGUGGAACGAAGUGUUGAGCAAAGCAGGCCAGAAUGCUUCUGUUGUCAGUCUUAAAAGUGACAAGAAAAGAAAAUUAGAAACAGGGAGAGGACCCAAGCAACAGAAGAAAUUUAAGAAGACCAAAGAUCUAAAGCAGAAGAGGAAGAAAUGACUUUGAAGCCAAUCAGUGAACUUGAAUUAACAAGUGCUGGGUCUGUACUUAAGACAUCCUGUUCUCCUCUAAAUCAAGAGACUAUUUUGGAGGGAAGAAGCAUCCUUGGAGGCAUUUCCAWGUGUUUGUAUUGUGGGAAGAACAGUGCUCAAGUGUCUGUGCGAAGAUUUUUAUAUGAAGUGUGAGUGCAGAGUGUGAGUGAGGAACAGGCAUAGACUGGGAUGCUGUGAAGGUGCUUGAGCAGCUACAGAGCUCCCAUUCCAAGAGGGCAGAUAAAUACGUAAACUUCCUGCAUCUUAAUGGUCCUAURGUUUAUUAAAAAAGAGUUUGGACAACA